UGAUUAUAUCUCAGUAAUUGAAUUCCUUGUUGUCCUGGGAAAGUAGGCUCAAGAGGAGGGCUGGACGCUCCUCUCCAGACUUUCCUGUGUUACAAAAGCUCCUAUUUCUUGGACUGAAGCAUCCACCUGAACCAAGACAUGCUCCUUAAAACAUGGAAACAAAAUCAUUAGUCAUCAUUCAGUCUCCAUGAACACACUAAAUUAUUAGAUUUGCAUGCAUUUGUUUAAAAUAAUCAAUUUUAGGAAAUUAGGAAACACACACCAACGUUGGUAUCUUCCAGCUCAAGCCAGUUUGCUAUGUUUUAAUCCAUUCGGUCUUUGGUCACAAAUAGAUAAUGGAUUAAUUAUUUUGGUUUGAGUGUUAUUAGCCGUGUGAGGACGGAGAAGAUGGUGACCUGUAUGACUUCAGGUGAGGUGACAAAAAUCCCUUUGGGACACGACACCCCUGUGGACCAAGCGAAUAAGGGAUUACUAAAGAAGCAUGUAAAAGAGGAAGACAUUAAAGAUGAAGAUUACUUCUGUGGAGGAACAUCAACCUCUAUGGAACACAUCACUCCUGUGGACCAACAGAAUGAAGGUUUCCCCAUAAGGCCUGUUGUAAAGAAGGAACCUGGAGAUGAAGAUCACCUGUACACAAAAGGCUUCUCCUGCUCCUUGUGUGUGUUCUCCUACACCUCUCAAAUUUAUCUCCACAAGCACAUUAAGAGUCGCCACCAUGAGGAAUAUCUGAGGCUGCUGAAAUCAGGAGAGAUUAAAUACGAGAAUCUGCUGCCCAUAAGUACCAGCAUUCAGCAAACAGUUUCCGGUCCUUUCAACAAUGUCUCAGCUUCCAGAGAAACGCAGAAGAAAUUUUACCACUGCUCACAGUGUGGGAGGGGUUUUGAUGAUCCAAGUCUUCUCAGAUCACAUCAGCGCAUUCACAGCGGCGAGGACGAACAUCGGUGCUUACAGUGUGGGAAGAGCUUUACUCAAAAGAGUACUCUCAACCAACAUGAGCGUAUCCACACCGGAGAGAAGCCGUAUCACUGCUCACAGUGUGGGAAGAAUUUUUACUACAAAAGUCAUCUCAAAACACACCAGCGCAUUCAUACAGAAGAGAAACCAUAUGAGUGCUCACAGUGUGGAAAGAGGUUUACGGAAGUCAGUAGUCUUCGCUCACACGAGCUCAUUCACACCAAUAGAAAACCGUAUCACUGCUCAGAGUGUGAGAAAAGUUUUACCUUCCUGAGCACCCUUCAGCGACACCAAGCCAGUCACAUCAAAAAGAAGCCUCAUCACUGCUCAGAGUGCGGGAAAAGCUUUUCGCACCCAAGCAAUCUCAGACUGCACCAGCGCAUUCAUACCGGAGAGAAGCCUCAUCACUGCUCACAGUGUGAGAAGAGUUUUACCAACCCAGGUCAUCUUAAACGGCACCAGCACAUUCACACAGGAGAGAAACCGUAUCGGUGCUCACAGUGCGGAAAGAGUUUCGCCCGCCAGUGUAACCUCCAAUCACACCGGCGCAAUCACACCGGAGAAAAGCCGUAUCACUGCUCACAGUGUGGGAAGAGUUUUACAGAAAGAGGUAUUCUUAAACAACACCAACACAUUCAUACGGGAGAGAAGCCGUAUCGGUGUUCACAGUGUGGAAAGACUUUUGCCCGGCAGGGUAAUCUCCACUCGCACCAGCGCAUUCACACCGGAGAGAAACCGUAUCAGUGCACACAAUGUGGAAAGAGCUUUAGCGAAAGGAGUAAUCUAAAGAGACACCAGCACAUUCACACAGUAGAGUAACUCCUGUAUAAAUUAAGAUUUGUUCAUUAUAAACUUGUCCAAUCAAAA